AUGGAGGACCCUCGUAAAAGAGAUCUCAAAAAGUUGAUAAAUUAAGAUUGCUUUUUUCAACAGUGUUAUAAGUUCCACAUACAGGAGCUGAAAUUUGAAGACCGGCGGCUGCAUGAGAGUUAAGUCGAGGCGAAACUAGCCCACAAAAACGAGCACUUGGAAAAACUGUUUGACUUUCAGAACCUAUUGACCGAAUCUCAGAUACAGCUGAAAAAAUUUCAGUCCGCAAUCCAGACAUUUGCAGACAUUUCCUGA